GGUGGAAUGGCGUGUUUGGUAAAUAAUUGUCUAAGUCAGCUCUAGCCUACUUUAAAGUGCACUCACUCGUGUGAACUGUGUUGGAAUUGUUUCGUUUUAUAGCUUGUGGUUGUGUUUUUACUAUUGCUACUUCGCUAACCUGACGAGCGGCGUUGAGACAAGUUCAAGGGGUGGGCACUUGUAUGGAGCCAAGCUUGGGCGGAAAACACAGUUGAUGAUUAACAGGCAGAUGUUAUAUAGGGCGCGCUAACAUGGUGGCGUCUACACUUUACUUCCUUCUCCUCAGCCUGCGUCAGCUUCACUAUGAACGCCAGUCAUAUCGCCAAAGCCAGAUGGCGCUGUCUUUCUUCUCAAGGUCCAACGGGUCAGGGUCACCCAGGCUCAUUCCGAGGCACCGAAACACCACCACCACUGCCGCCCACUGCCAGCAUGUCGUGUCCAUUGACAAGCCAACGAGAGCGACAUUGCCCCGUGUGUCUGCAGGCAGCCAGCUUGCCCGUACAGACCAACUGUGGACAUUUAUUCUGUGCAUCAUGUUUAAUCACCUACUGGAGGCACGGCCCAUGGUUAGAUGCAGUCAACUGCCCUCUCUGUAGACAGAAGGUGAGCGUAAUGUGUCAGCUCUUUAGCGAGAGUCGACUGGACCGUCAGUCCAAAGAUGUAGCGGGCCAAAUCAGCGACUACAACAAACGCUAUUCGGGUGCGCCCAGACGGAUACGAGACUACCUGUCAGACGCGCCCCUCCUUCUUCAGCUGGCGAUCCGUGGCUUGGGUACCCUAGGCGGUCUGGUUUGGCUGUUCUUCCUGAGGGUGGCGCUGUGUUGUGUGGGGACGGCAGUCUCCAUGGCCUCACCCUCAGGUUCCCCGAAAGCGCCCACGUCUCUCUGUGGCCUCUUGGGACUGCUAGACGAUCUAGUGGUUGUGGUCCUUCUCCUCCUAUGCGUCCUCAACGUCAAUCAUCAGAUGGUGCCAGAAAGAGGCCGAUCACAAACCGCACCGGUGGUGAUCACUUAGAAGAAAUUGUACAUGUUAGCAUCAUUUACAAGGUUUCAAACUCAAAAAUGGUGUAUGAUAAUCAGCAUUCUAUUAAUUUUGACCUGACAUCUCUGUAAAUAUUUCUGCUGUUUUUAUGUAUAAAAUAAAAUAUUUAUUGGU